AUGGCCGGCUACUGUGGAACCUCGGUGAUUUCCAGGGAGAAUGAGCCCAUCACCUCCGCCUCUGACAGUGUGAGUGUGAGCCAAUUCCCAACCCUCAACAGGUACAUCAUGGGAAAGACGGGAGACAAGGAGCUGGCCAUUCUGCUGAUGGCGCUUCAACUGGCCUGCAAGGCCACCUCCAGAGCUUGCAACAAGGCCGGCAUCGCCAUGCUCUUUGGCUUGGCCGGGGAGGUGAACUCCACAGGUGAUGACCAGAAAAAGCUGGAUGUGUUGUCCAAUGAGAUUUUCAUCGAUGCCCUGACCAACUGCGGUGCAUGUGCAGUGCUUGUCUCUGAAGAAAACGAGGAUCCCAUCUUCGUGCCCCAGGAGAAGGCUGGCCGCUUCGUGGUCGCAUUCGAUCCCCUAGAUGGCAGCAGCAAUAUCGACUGCAACGUUAGUACAGGCACCAUCUUUGCAGUCUACGAGAAGCAACACUCGGGCCCUGCAACCGUGAACGACAUCCUGCGCACGGGCAACGACAUCACGGUGGCCGGCUACUGCAUGUAUGGCGCUGCCACCGAGUUGGUCAUCACCUUCAAAGGUCACGGAGUGCAUCGAUUUACCCUGGACCCGUCUCUGGGGGAGUUCGUACACAUCCAGGCACGUGUGAAGCUGCCAGAAGGUGGCGGUAAGAAGAUCUAUAGCUGCAACGAAGGCAACAGCAGAAAUUGGGAUGCUGCCAUCAAGAGCAUCAUUGCCAAGUGGAAGGACAGUGACAAGCCAUACGCUGCGCGCUACGUUGGAUCCAUGGUGUCCGACGUGCACCGAACGAUCCUCUACGGUGGCAUCUACCUCUACCCUGCAGAUGCCAAGUCGAAGCACGGCAAGCUGCGAGUGCUCUAUGAGGGAUUUCCCAUGGCCUUCAUCAUGGAGCAGGCAGGUGGUAGCGCCUCUUGUGGCAUGUUCAAGGGCAAAAUCCAGAGGCUCCUGGACAUCGUGCCGGAGUCGAUCCAUGAGAAGUGCCCCGUGGUCAUUGGCUGCAAUAGAGAUGUGGAUGCAGUUCUGGAAGAGUACAAGAUCCAGGGACUUGUACUGCGCCACGGCUGCGCCGAACCUCCAGAGGCAGUGACAUGUGCCGUUGGCAACACGGACGAGAGUGGAUGUCUCUCCAUGUGCCGCCGCUUAGGGCUUACGGCUUCCAGCGAGAACGGUCAAUGCGAGGACUUUGUGGAGAAGCUGAAGGCGAAGGGCUACCAGAAGUUCUUUGGCUCAAGGGAACCGAGCCUCGAGCCCAUUGUGAAGACUUUGAAGACGAACUGCAAGGAGGAAGAGUUCGUCUUCUUUCUGGAGGUCAUUUUGAAGUUCAUCGACAAGACUCCGGAGGAGACCAGGGAUGAGAAAUAUGCCGAGGACUUCAAAGAUCUCAAGAAACGUGUCAUUGAUGCUCUGAAGAAGAAAGAUCCUGACUACGAAGUUGACCUUGCCAGCUGUCAAGACGGUGACACCGCCAUCACGGGCUGUCGCUCUGUGUGCCGAUGGCUAGGCUUGACAGAAUCGACCACCAACGGGCAGUGCGAAGACUAUGUGGAGACACUUCUGGGUUACAAGAAGAAGGGGAAGUGGAAGUUCUGGGGUCAUGAGUCCAGUAUGACACCCGUUUUGGAGCUACUCAGCACCAAUUGCAGGAAGGAGGAGCUGGGCUAUUACUUUGCUGGCAUUAUCCAACUGAUCGAGCGGAUGCCUGAGAACAAGAAGGAGAAGUACAAAGAACAGCUGAAGAAACUUCAAGACCUGGUGGCGGAUCAGCUCACCAACGAAGUGGCCGCUGUCGAAGAGGAGGAAUAUGAGGAAGACGAUGUCCCAUUGCCCAGCUGUGAGACCGGCAUGACCAUCGAGGAGGGGGACAUUGUCACGUGGGAAAACUAUGGGCCAAACUUCGAAGAGGCUUCUGGGAUGAUCGGGGACUACAAGAACAAACACUUUGAAUACAAGCUGCGCAUGAGCUAUGGAAGUCGCAUGAACUAUUCGAAAAUUCCCUUCAACACCUCGACGAAUACCUCUUGGAACAACAGGACGCUGGGAUCCAAAGCGAAACGAUUUCUGGUGCUUUCAGCGAAGUAUUGCGGCAACGCCUUUUUCAAGGUGGGUCAAGCCUUUGCAGAUGCUGGAAUUAACACAUUUCUUGGCAUCGCAGACCUGGGUCUCUUGCUUGGCACGGUCAUGGCAAGAGGCGCUUUUUGGACGGGCGAGAGGAUGACGACCAUCUAUGCCAACCAGAGACAAACCACGGAGCACACCGCGAAGAGCAUCAAGUUCACCCACACCGAGCUGGGUGUGGGCAAGAACCGAUUAACAACUGCCGGUGGAAGGGGAGUGGGCAGUUUCCCGCUCUGCUACCGUGGCAUCUCGCAGCGCAAAGGGCACGUCGUUAUCUCCAGGUUUGUGGGUGAUGGCACCGUGGACGCUCAGAAGUAUCGAAAAUUGGCAGCACAACGUGCAUUGAUGUGGGAACCAUAUCUGAAUCACUAUAGCGACACUGUGGGGCAGUGGUACCGUUCCGUGGUGGGCAAGUGCCUCAACAUCUUGGGAACACCUGGAAAUAGCGACUACUUUGAGGCAGUCACACCCGAAGUGGUCAAGGAGAUGUGGGACUAUACUCCCAGUUUCGAAGACUCGGAGAGGAGUUUCUUAAAGGCCAUACAGGACUCAUUCCGCACUUACAAGAAAGUUGAAGGAAAAUCAGAACGUGUGAAACCUAAAGCGAUGUUUUGCUCCAAAUUUGUCUCUGCAAUUUGGUCUUCGACCAUCGGCAACCCUACGAAUGAUCCGAAUGCCACGGUGCGAAGCCGGGAUUUGAAGAUCAUGUUGCCCUUCAAUCCAGGCGGCCGCGCUCGAUGGAACUGGGGGAUGAUCAUCCCAUCAUGGGUUCUUGGAUGCCCCUGUUCAGGAUAUCCAUAUGCCAUGGUGGGAUUACUAGAAGGCCCAUAUAUAUGCCAUGUCUUGACAGAUGGAAAAUGGGGAUUUAAUCUGAUUUAA